UAUUUCCAAUUUGCACGAUUUCCCUAUUUAACGAUUGUUUAUAGUAUCGGUGCUAUUUCUUAGCUAAUUGCUGUUUUCUUCCGAUUUGAUGAAUUUAUUUCGUUUUUAAUUGAUUUGGAACUUGGCACACUGCCACUGCUUUUUUGCUUGAGGCUAACAAAAUGGUGAAGUUCACAGCUGAGGAGCUUCGUAGGAUCAUGGACUACAAGCAUAACAUCCGUAACAUGUCUGUUAUUGCUCAUGUUGAUCAUGGAAAGUCAACUUUGACCGAUUCACUUGUUGCUGCUGCUGGUAUCAUUGCACAAGAAGUUGCUGGUGAUGUCCGGAUGACAGAUACUCGUGCUGACGAGGCAGAACGUGGAAUCACAAUUAAAUCCACUGGCAUUUCCCUUUACUAUGAAAUGACUGAUGCAGCCCUCAAGAGUUUCAAGGGAGAACGUAAUGGAAACGAGUACUUGAUCAAUCUUAUUGACUCACCCGGGCACGUUGACUUUUCUUCUGAGGUCACUGCUGCCCUCCGUAUCACUGAUGGUGCACUUGUGGUUGUGGAUUGCAUUGAGGGCGUUUGUGUCCAAACAGAAACUGUCCUUCGACAAGCACUUGGAGAAAGGAUUCGCCCUGUGUUAACUGUCAACAAAAUGGACAGGUGUUUCCUUGAACUACAGGUGGAUGGUGAAGAAGCAUAUCAAACAUUCCAAAGGGUUAUUGAAAAUGCAAAUGUCAUCAUGGCUACAUAUGAGGACCCGCUUCUUGGUGAUGUCAUGGUUUAUCCUGAAAAAGGUACUGUUGCUUUCUCAGCUGGGCUCCACGGUUGGGCUUUCACUCUCACCAAUUUUGCAAAAAUGUACGCAUCAAAGUUCGGUGUUGAUGAGUCAAAGAUGAUGGAGCGUCUUUGGGGUGAGAAUUUUUUUGACCCGAAAACAAAAAAAUGGACAACAAAAAGCACUGGUUCUCCAUCAUGCAAACGUGGAUUUGUUCAGUUUUGUUAUGAACCCAUCAAGCAGAUCAUCAACACAUGUAUGAAUGACCAGAAAGAUCAAUUGUGGCCUAUGUUGACUAAACUUGGUGUCACCAUGAAGUCUGAUGAGAAAGAGUUGAUGGGAAAAGCAUUGAUGAAGCGUGUCAUGCAGACAUGGCUCCCUGCAGCAACUGCUUUACUAGAAAUGAUGAUCUUUCAUCUUCCUUCACCUCACACUGCACAAAGAUACCGUGUUGAGAAUCUCUAUGAAGGUCCUUUAGAUGACAUGUAUGCAAAUGCGAUUAGAAACUGUGACCCCGAUGGCCCACUAAUGCUUUAUGUAUCCAAAAUGAUUCCUGCUUCUGAUAAAGGGAGGUUCUUUGCUUUUGGCCGUGUUUUUGCCGGGAAAGUUUCAACCGGUUUGAAGGUCAGAAUCAUGGGUCCGAAUUAUGUCCCGGGUGAGAAGAAAGAUCUGUAUGUGAAAAGUGUUCAAAGAACUGUUAUCUGGAUGGGUAAGAAACAAGAAACUGUUGAAGAUGUUCCGUGUGGAAACACAGUCGCGCUUGUUGGUCUUGAUCAGUUUAUCACGAAAAAUGCGACUUUAACAAACGAAAAAGAAGUCGAUGCGCAUCCGAUUCGAGCCAUGAAGUUUUCGGUUUCGCCAGUGGUUCGAGUCGCGGUUCAGUGCAAAGUGGCAUCUGAUUUACCGAAACUCGUUGAAGGGCUUAAACGGUUAGCCAAGUCGGACCCCAUGGUUGUUUGCACCAUUGAAGAAUCAGGUGAACAUAUCAUUGCGGGUGCAGGGGAGCUUCAUUUGGAAAUUUGUUUGAAAGAUUUACAAGAUGACUUCAUGGGUGGAGCUGAAAUUGUUGUGUCAGACCCUGUUGUGUCUUUCCGUGAAACUGUUUUGGAAAAAUCUUCAAGGACUGUAAUGAGCAAGUCACCAAACAAGCACAAUCGGUUAUACAUGGAAGCGAGGCCGAUGGAAGACGGGCUUGCUGAAGCAAUCGACGAGGGGCGAGUCGGUCCACGAGACGACCCGAAAGUUCGCGGGAAGAUUUUGUCUGAAGAAUUCGGAUGGGACAAGGAUUUGGCGAAAAAAAUCUGGUGUUUUGGACCUGAAACAACGGGUCCCAACAUGGUUGUUGAUAUGUGUAAGGGAGUUCAGUAUUUGAAUGAAAUCAAGGAUUCGGUUGUUGCAGGGUUUCAAUGGGCUUCAAAAGAAGGGGCGUUAGCAGAAGAGAACAUGAGAGGGAUUUGUUUUGAAGUGUGUGAUGUGGUACUCCAUGCGGAUGCCAUUCAUCGUGGUGGCGGGCAGGUGAUUCCGACUGCCCGGCGUGUGAUUUACGCGUCGCAGCUGACUGCAAAACCGCGGUUGCUUGAGCCAGUUUACUUGGUGGAGAUUCAGGCACCUGAGCAGGCACUUGGUGGGAUUUACAGUGUGUUGAAUCAGAGACGUGGGCAUGUGUUUGAGGAGAUGCAAAGGCCUGGGACACCUUUGUAUAAUAUCAAAGCGUAUCUGCCUGUUGUUGAGAGUUUUGGGUUUUCGGGUGCUUUAAGGGCGUCUACUUCAGGGCAAGCGUUUCCUCAGUGUGUGUUUGAUCAUUGGGAUAUGAUGGGGUCGGAUCCAUUGGAAGUGGGGUCACAGGCGAAUACACUUGUGCUUCAGAUUCGUAAGAGGAAAGGUCUCAAGGAGCAGAUGACACCCUUGUCUGACUUUGAGGACAAGCUUUGAGUCGUUGAGAUUUGAGAACCAAAUAAUUUUUUUUUUCAUUUUUCUUUUUUAGUUUAUUUUUUUACCGGUUGGUUCCUAUAUAUGCAUGAUGAGAGAAACUUGGUGAUGGUUUAAACUUGUGAUGACUGGGUUUAUUUUUGACAGGUUGGUGGAUGAUAUGGUAUUUUUGUUUUAUCGUGUCUGAA